AUGGCGCGGCCCUGUACGGUGGAGUCACUUCCCAGGACGGAGGCCUUGCUGAAGGAGGGCCUUCAGAUGAGCCGUGCCCUGGGCGUGAGAGAUCUCCGCUCUCCCCGUUCCGUGGUGGUUAUGGAGCCGAAGUCGGCGUCCCACUUCGUGUCCACCAGUGCAACCAUUCGCUUCGCCCUGCUGUGUCGGGGCGGAGCCACAGCUGCCUUGAAGGACGAUCAAUUGGUUCAGAGCGCGGCAUCACACUGCCGCAGGCCCAAAGCAUCUGCAUUGGCAUGGAACGCCCUGGUCGAUGCGCCUUCGAGCGCGGCAGUGUGCAUCAGCAUCAGCCCCAGUGGCAAGGCUGAGGCGCCGGCAGCCAAGCGCCAGAAGACCGCGCAGGGUGCAGACACCGUGAGGGCACGCCAUAUUCUUCUGAGACACCAGCAAGUGCGACAGGCAGAUCCCAUGCUUCGAAGAGAUCCAGGGCGAAGCCUGCAAGAGGCGGAGGAGUUGGCGCUGAAGACGCUUGAGACUCUCACCAAGACUCCGAACCAAUUUCCGAAGCUUUGCAGGUGCGAUGGGAAGUCUCGAAGAAAAUGUUUCAGAGCAAACCAUGGCAACUCAUGCACUUUAUUUUGCAAUCUCACGGCAGAAUUUUAUAGCCACAGAGACAUCAAUCGAACUUGA